GUCACACAGCUUGCAACUCACCUCUGAGAUCAGAACCAAGACUCGCGACCUGCAGGCUUCUUUCGGCCAGGCUCUGAGGACUCCCUCGUCAGCAGGGUCUGAGAGGACAGAGCAUCGCAGCCUUCCUGUCCAUCCCACGAAGCUCACAGCCUGCCCAUGGCUGCCCUGGCGGCUGGAGUAUCCAGGCAGCGUGCAGCUGCGGAAGGUCUUGGUUCCCACCAGAACGCUGUGAAGUACUUGGGCCAGGACUUCGAGACUCUGAGGAGACAGUGCUUAGACUCAGGGGUCCUGUUUAAAGACCCCGAGUUUCCAGCAUGCCCAUCAGCUUUGGGCUACAAAGAUCUUGGACCAGGUUCCCCUCAAACGCAAGGCAUCAUCUGGAAACGACCCACGGAAUUGUGCCCAAACCCUCAGUUUAUUGUUGGUGGAGCCACGCGCACAGACAUCUGCCAAGGCAAUCUAGGUGACUGCUGGCUUCUGGCAGCCAUCGCCUCCCUCACCCUGAAUGAAAAGCUGCUUUACCGAGUGGUUCCCAGGGACCAGAGCUUCCAGAAGAACUAUGCAGGCAUCUUCCAUUUCCAGUUCUGGCAGUAUGGAGAGUGGGUGGAGGUGGUCAUCGAUGACAGGCUGCCCACCAAGAACGGGAAGCUGCUCUUCCUGCACUCGGAAGAAGGCAGUGAAUUCUGGAGUGCUCUUCUGGAGAAAGCCUAUGCCAAGCUCAAUGGCUCCUAUGAGGCUCUUGCUGGUGGCUCUACAAUAGAGGGAUUUGAGGACUUCACUGGUGGCAUCUCUGAGUUUUAUGACCUGAAGAAACCCCCGGCCAGUCUGUACCAUAUUAUCCAGAAGGCCCUCCGCACAGGGUCUCUGCUGGGCUGCUCCAUUGAUGUCUCCAGUGCAGCCGAAGUGGAAGCCAUCACCAGCCAGAGGUUGGUUAAGAGUCACGCGUACUCUGUCACUGGAGUUGAGGAGGUGACUUUCCACGGCCGCCCAGAGAAGCUGAUCAGACUCAGGAACCCAUGGGGUGAAGUGGAGUGGUCAGGAGCCUGGAGCGACAACGCACCCGAGUGGAAUUUCAUCGAUCCCAGACAGAAGGCCGCGCUGGACAGGAAAGCCGAGGAUGGUGAAUUCUGGAUGUCCUUCUCAGACUUCUUGAAGCAGUUCUCUCGACUGGAGAUCUGCAACCUGUCCCCAGACUCUCUGAGCAGUGAGGAGAUGCACAAGUGGAACCUGGUGCUGUUCAACGGACGCUGGACCCGGGGCUCCACCGCGGGGGGCUGCCAGAAUUACCCCGCCACUUACUGGACCAAUCCCCAAUUCAAAAUCCACUUGACUGAGGUGGAUGAGGACCAGGAGGAGGGCAGCGGCGAGCCCCGCUGCACCGUGGUGCUGGGGUUGAUGCAGAAGAAUCGUAGAAGACAGAGGAGGAUCGGCCAGGGCCUGCUGAGCAUCGGCUAUGCUGUCUACCAGGUUCCCAAGGAGCUGGAGAGCCACACGGACGUGCACUUGGGUCGCGACUUCUUCCUGAGCCACCAGCCCUCAGCACGCUGCAGCACCUACGUGAACCUGCGGGAGGUGUCUGGCCGGGCUCGGCUCCUCCCCGGACAGUACCUGGUGAUCCCCUCCACCUUUGAGCCCUUCAAGGAUGGUGACUUCUGCUUGAGGGUGUUCUCAGAGAAGAAGGCCAAGGGCCUGGAAAUUGGAGAUGUUGUAUCUGGAAACCCACAUGAGCCGCAUCCUCAUGAGAUGAAUGAAGACAAGCCUUUCCGGAGCCUGAUUGAAGGGUUUGCAGGCGAGGAAAUUGAGAUUGGUGCCAAUCAGCUCAAGACGAUACUGAAUGAGGCGCUAUCCAAGAGAACAGACAUAAAAUUUGAUGGAUUCAACAUCAACACUUGCAGGGAAAUGAUCAGCCUGCUGGAUAGCAAUGGGACAGGCACAUUGGGACCCGUGGAACUGAAGACACUAUGGCUGAAGAUCCAGAAGUACCUGGAGAUCUACCGGGAAAUGGAUUACAACCAUGUAGGGACCAUGGAUGCCCAUGAGAUGAGGACAGCCCUCAAGAAAGCAGGUUUCACCCUCAACAACCAGGUGCAGCAGACCAUCGCCCUGCGGUUCGCAUGCAGCAAGCUUGGCAUCGACUUCGAUGGCUUCGUGGCUUGUAUGAUCCGCCUGGAGACUCUUUUCAAACUGUUCAGGCUUUUGGACAAGGACCAGAAUGGCAUUGUCCAGCUCUCUCUGGCUGAGUGGCUGUGCUGUGCGUUGGUCUGACCCCGACUUCUGACAUCAGCCACCGCCCACCGCCUCACUUGCCUCUUUGAUCCCCCUGCUAAUAACCAUGUCAGCACUUAUCCCCAAAUGGCAUUUAUGGCUUAUUCAUGUUGUUCCAGACUAUUAUUGUCCCCAAGACGCUGACCUGUCCCACCAGAGCUCGCUGGGAAGCCUUGGUCUCUGUCAGCAGCAGAGCUAUGAGCUAGUGCGACUGACUCUGGAAGGAAGACAGGCAGCUACAGCUGUGGGCCAGAGUGUUUGCGUCUGUCUCUAGAGAUACAACGAUGGAGGGCAUACCCUGGGCUUUGUCAUACUGCGGGAAAGGUGUGUCUCAAAGCCCCCAGAAGGUUGAACAUGUGGAUAAUGUCGUGGAAGGGAGACUGGCUGUAGUCAAAGCCUCUGCUAGAAGCUUUUAGGAAAGCAGCUCGGCUUGCUGAGAAAGGGCAUAGGGUUGGGUACUAGGGAGUCUAGAACUUUCUUACCUACUUAUGCACCAGGAUAUUCUGCACUGGGCUGAGGUGAAUUCUUACUUAUGAAGAGCUAGGUGGCUAGUGUAGUUCAUGUUGGUUUGGCUCAGAGCUGAACACAGGCCUGCCAGGGGAUGGUGAGAAAAUCAAGGCCAUGGGCAGAGUGGCUUCAGUGAGUAGAGAGGGACAGUGUAGUUUCUUUGACAGAGCUUUUGCAAAUGAAGGCUAGAGGAGAAAAUGCACGGACACACCUUGGCCCCUGUAUUAGUCUGAUUAAAGGCUAAUUUUCUGCUUCUGGAAAAAGAGCUUGGUGAAUGACUCUUGUAGCUUUAUAACCUGUAACGUAUGGGAACCAUUCAGCUUCACACUGACUUGCAGCCUCCUGGACCCAGCGGGGUGAGGGACAGUUUACUAGUUUCUUUUCUCUUCAUUGUCACAAAAUACCUGACGGGAACAACUCAAAGAGGAAAGGUUUAUUUUGGUUCACAGUUUUUAAAAGUUUUAGUCGGUCACAGUAGAAAGGUCGCAUGAGCAGUGGGCUGGCCUCCUGGAAUCAUGACCAUAGACAGACAGCAGAGUGACCGGGCCAGGACCAUUAGGAGACGGAGGUAGCAGAAUCAUCGUGAAUUCGAGGCCAACUUGGGCUACAGAGGGAGGCCAAGAUCAGCCUGGGUGAGAGUGAGACCCUGCCUCAA